AUGCAAGCCGCUCAUCUGCUACUUGGACAUCCCUGGCAGUUUGAUCGUGGGGUAUGCCACUACGGGGAUACAAAUUGCUACAAUUUCAAGCACCAGGGUCGGACCUUUUUGCUGAAACCAUUGUCGCCGACCAAAGUGCGAGAGGAUCAACGGCCAUUAGAGGCCAGUCGACGGCGAAAAAGGGAGGAAAUUGGUGGAACUCGAGCUAAAGAACCUCACGACGUCAAUUUCGUGGCUCGACAAUUCAUGCUCACCGGUUACAAGAGGCAGAAGGCUCCUCGUCGCCGGAGCAGAGCAGGAGAGAGGGUGAAUCCGCCGGAGAGUGCGGACAGGAGUCGAGUCUCGCCGUUGGCGGCAGAACAUUCCACGAGACCUCAGAAAGCUUUCCCCCGAAUCAGAAUGGGUCGGCUACACCUCCAUUGUUGGAUCCGAUUCGAGCCAAAAAUGCUCUGA